GAAACUUCAAGUAGAAAUUGAAAUGAGAUAAUAGCACUUAAAGUUUCAAAUCGUUUAGUAGAAAUUAAAAUGAAAUAGCAGCACUUGCUAUCCCACUGUGCCACCACCACCAGAGAGACGCGUGUGGCCCACUCGAUGGGUGCUGAAGCUGAAGGCUGCGCCUGCGUAUGCUGCAUGAGCGAGAAGGCGCUAUGCAAUGCGAGUGGGAGCGAGAGCGAGAGAGAGACAGAGCGGGGCACUUGUAGUGGCAGCUCACAGAUCGGGGUUAGCUAGAGAAGAGUUUGGGGCAAGGUUAUGCCUACCAUGACGCGAAUGCAUCGCCACUCGAGCUCCAAUGCGGUGGAGGAGACGCGCGGCAGGCGUCGCAAUGCCAGCGGCGAUGCGAACAAGGAGAACUUCGGGGUGCACUUCAUGAGCAGCCCCUUUGGCAACAGCAGCCUGAUUGCGCUCCAGGAUCUGAGCAAUGUGCACGGCAAGAGUCCGCAGCGACGCAGCUUCAGCGAAGGCAGCGGACCGCGUCAGGCGACGCCACAACUUGCGGCACUGCGUUGCAUGCCCCGCCUAAGUGGCGCCACAGCCGCCGCCGCUGGUCUGGAGGAUUCACAAUUGUCAUCGUCACGCAUGGGUGACACCACAUUGGAUCGCAUGCUGGACGCGAUCAUUGAGUCGGCGCGGAAAGAGGUGCGUUGCAAGCAUCAGACUGCGCUGCCCUCAGCGCUGGUUGCCACAGCAGCCACAGCCACAACUCUAACUGAUGGCGGCGAGUGGAGCGAGAGCAGCAUCCAUGAGAUGGAGGUGCGCACUCCCACCCAUCUGAAGCGACAGCGUGUGGUGCGGCGCAAGAAUCAGCACAAGACAAGUGGCAACAGCAAUCAUGCCACAGGCAGCAGGACAACAAUAACGACAACGACGGCAACACUAGCUGCGGUCAGAAAGAGCGACGGAUUGCAGCAGAGCCAUCUUGAGCAUAUACCGAGCAUCAAACGUUGUCUUAGCUUCUCCAGUUCCACGUCCAGUGAUCUGGAGGACGAUGAGCACUUUGUGAAGCGUGGUCGCGGUUCCUCCGUGUCCAACUCUGCUCUCUCGGCUUCUGUGUCCGCCUCUGCCUCGUCGGCUUCCUCGGUUUCCUCAGCUGGUGACAGCACGCACAGCGGGGACUUCCUGCCACGGGGCAGCAUCGACUUCAGCAUCACUUACAAUGCGCCGCAACAGCAAUUAAAUGUACAUGUUAUUCGCUGUCGCGAUCUGCAACGUUCGCACAGCGGCGCCGGCAGCAUCAAUGCCUACGUCAAGGUGGCGUUGGCAACAGGCCAACAGCAGCAGCAGCAGCAGCAGCAGCAACAGCAUCAGGAGCAGGAGCACCAGCGCACAGCCGUUCAUCGGCACUCGAGUCGUCCGUACUUUGAUGAGAACUUUGGCUUCCAUGUGGAGGAAAGCAUGCUGCAGGCAACAGCCACGGCAACAACAACAGCAACAUCAACAGCGACAGCGACAAACAAUGAACAGCAGCAGCAGAUGCAGCUUCAACUGGCCGUGUGGCAUCGGGAUCGUCAUUUAAAACGCAGCGAGUUCCUGGGUUGCCUCACAUUUCCAUUGAGCGCUUUGGCCGAGCAGCAACACAUCUACGGCGUCACGGGAUCCUACAAGUUGCACGCACAGGGAUGUCAACAUAGCUGCCGCAGUAGACUGCACGCCCCAAGCACCGCCAGCCGUCCACAACAGUUGCAGAAAGAAGAGGAGGAGGAGCAGAGACAAGAGCAGGAACAGGAGCAGGAGCAAGAGCUGAGCGAAACAGAGGAGCAACAGCUCACUGAGGACUCCAGUAAGAUGACAACGAUGGCAGCAACAGCACUCAAGUCAAGCAACACCAACAGCAACACGAACAAUACCAACAACACCGCCGCCACCACAAACAACAGCAACUCAAAUACAAAUACGAACACGAACAGCAACAACACAACGACAGCUGUGAUUGCGUCGACAACUGUGUUGAGUGAUGAGGUCAUCAGCAUUAGCAUCGACAGCAUGGCAGCAGCGACAGGUCCUUUGGGCAAGGACGAUCUGCUGCCACAGCAGCCACAGCAACCGAUGGUGCUCAGCAAGAAGGCGCUGCAUCAACGCGACGCCGACGAGAAUCUCUUCUUGCGCUUCCUCGAGCUCGAUCCCCCAGCCGAUGGGAAUGCGAACAGCACAACAACAGCUGCCGGCAAUAGUACCGCAGGUGCCUCGGCCGGUGGUACUGGCGGUGGCGGUAGCGGUGGCGGUGGCACAGGAGGCGGUGGCUCCGGUGGUGGGAAUGCGAAUGCCAAUGCAAAUGCCAGCAAUGCGAAUCAUAUGAAUGGCGGAUCGACGCGACGCUGCUCAACGAUGGCCACCGGACGUCAGCCAACGGGACGCACACCGUUCACGAUGACGAAGCGUUUGACACGAACGGAGGAGCGGGGCUUUGGCUUCUCGAUUGUGUGGACACAUCCGCCGCGGGUGGAAAAGGUCGAGGCUGGACUGUCGGCGGAUCGUUGCGGCAUCCUGCCGGGCGAUUAUGUCAUCUUUGUGGACAAGCACAAUGUGGUCACGAUGCCCGAGGCUGAUGUUCUGAAUUUGAUACGAUCGCAGGGCUCGUCCUUGACGUUGGAGAUAUUCAGAAGGUCAGGCGCGGGCGCCAACAUGACGAACAUGGCCAACAACAUCACCACGGUCACUGUGAAUGCCAGCAGCAAUAGUCACAACACUCACCACAACUCCUCCCACACGCUCACCCACGUCCAGACCCAUUCCCAAUCCCAUCAUCAUCAGCAGCAGCAACGUCCGCAGCUCUGCGCUGACGAACAUGCAACAGCAGCGGCAGCGACGACGACAACAACAACCACAGCAAUACAUAAUACAUCAGCGAUAUUGCAGCGCACGAGCAGCACACGAGUGCCUGGCUUCAUGGGCAACAAUCAACAAUCCCGGCCAGCCACCGCCUGCUCCGGCACCACGUCAUCGAUUGAGGCGGCCAAGCGGCGACUGCAUCUGCCGCAAGUGACGUUCAGCAAGGAGUCCAUUGUGCCCAUUACGGAUAAUCGUCGACGUUUCCUGCUGCAGCUCAUCAGUCGAGAGCAAAACUUCACAGCGGCCCUGCACUUUGGACUGCAGCGCUUUGUGCAGCCGCUGGUUGAGCGCAAGGAUUUGAUAUCACCGAACGAUCAUCGCACGCUGUUCCAGAACAUCGAUGAGCUGCUGCGCAUUGCCGAGGACAUACUGGAGCAGCUGUGCAGCAACGAUCAGGAGCAGGAGCCGCACAUGAACUUUGCCUCGCGUGUCUAUCUGUCAAAAACGACAGCGAUCUGUGCCGCCUACAAGAAAUACUGCAAUGGCAUCAAACGGGCAGACUGUGUGCUGGUCAAUAAAUCGAGGCAAACCGGUUCGGAGUUCAUCUCGUUCAUCACGGAGCCGGCAGUGCCGCGAAAGCGUCCCGAUCUCACCAUGUUCAUCCACCGUCCGCUGCAGCAUUUUCGCGAGAUUCUCAAGCUGAUGCAGCUGCUCGCUGGCAAUUGUCAUGUGGAUACCGAGGAGCAUAAGAACUUCAGCACUGUGAUCAAUGAACUGCAGGCUGCCUACCGGGAGAUAACCGUCAGCAGUGGCCUCAUGGAGCCACUGGGCGAGGGGCGUCCCCUGCUGACGCUGCAGGACCUCGAGUCACGCAUGGUGUUCACCAAGUGCAAACCCUUCACGCUCGCCGUCCAGGGUCGUCAGUGGAUCUUCGGUGGCGAUUUGUCGCGCGUCGAGGGCCGCUCAAUCAAACCGUAUUGGACGCUGCUCUUCAGCGACAUCAUUGUGUUCGCGAAGGUCAGUCGGGAUCGUGUGCUCUUCAUCACCGAGGAGCCCAUACCCAUUGCCAAUGUGGUCGAUUCGUGCUUUCACAUGCGCAAAAAAACUUGCACAUUCGCAAUGUCUCUUGCAGCGACGGAGUUUCGUCUCACCGUCGAUCCCAACGGACGUCUGGCCGAAAGUCCAACCGGAUACUGUGCCCCAGAUCUGACACGAACGCCCAAGCGUGGUGCCAGACGCAAGAGCCUUAUACUGCGUGCUCCCUCCCUGGAGCUGAAGGCUGUUUGGCAGAAUCUCUUGCAGCGUCAAAUAUUUCUGGUGAACGCCGCUUUGGGAUCAACGCCGCUGUCCAGUCCCCUGGACUCGCCGGACGUGCUCAAUACGCUGGUGCCGUUGAGCGAUAUUGGCAUGACAUCCGCAUCGAUGGGCUCGAUGAAGCUGCCCUCGCUGGACAGCAUCAAUCUGAAGCAGCAGAAACAGCAGCAACGCAACGCAGGUCAGCAUGGCCAUGCUGUGGGGCAGAUCGAGCUACUGAUCGAUGAGAAGUGUCGGAUCCUCAAUAAGACCGGCACUCCCAAGUCGAGUGCCCUGCAUCUCGCUAACUGGAUGAAGGGUCAACUGGACAAGCAACAGCAGCAGGCACGUCUGGUGGCCAUCGCACGAUCGCAGGAGAAUGUGAGCGCUGAGGAUGAGCAGUUGAUCUUCAACAGCGAUAGCGAGCAGGAUGAACGCAUCAUCUACUGGACGCGACAGCAGCUCGAGAAGCGCACCAAGGAGCUCAAUCUUGCCAAGGAGAACGGCGGCCUCUCAGCCAAGCCCAAUUUCGGGGGCAAGCGACUCAGCGGUGUCGAGGAGCUCAGCAUGAGCGCCACCUCCGACAUCUACUCAGAGGCUGAGGUUGUGCCCAGCCAGAUCAGUCAGUCGCAUAGCACCACAUCGGAUAGCCAGAUCACAGUACGCUCGAGUCCCAUUGUGCUCGACAAGUUGGCCGUGUGCCGUCACUGCCACAAGAAUUGCCAGCAGAGCGCAGCGGGCGGACGUGGCUCAGGUUCGGUUGGUGGUGGAGCUGCUGCCGGUGGUGCAGCUGCUGGUGGCGGUUCCUCGCUGGUCUGCAAUUCGCUGAAGGUGCAGCAUAGCCAAUCCUCACCGAAUCGCUGCUGCAAGCUCAAUGGCAAUGGCAACGCCCCAGGUGCUCCGGUUGUCGCCGGUUGUCCCCCAACGGCUGCGACAAACACCCGGACAACGAGGACGGGCACGGGCACGGGCACGGGCAGCGUGACGAGCAUGUCCAGCGGCACCACCGUCACCGGUGAGCUGUCCUCCAAGGUAGUCGCUAGCAGCAGUCGUCGCGAGACCGGCGACACGGAGAGCGAUGUGGCUCAACUGAUCACUGACGAAUUGUCGCUAUCGCAAUCAGAGGCGACCGAUGACAGCGUCGGGGCCAUGCCGAACAGCAGCAGCAGCUGCAGCGUCAUCGCCGACGCCAAGCUACGAGUUCUAGAGCAACAGCAACAGCAGUCGACACCCUUGGCCAAUGGUCACUGCUCGGGCGCCGUCUCCAUUUCCAAUUCAGCAUCCGCAUCGGGUUCAGCUUCAGCUUCAGUCUCAGCAUCCGCAUCCGCUUCGGCAUCCGCAUCCGUUUCGGGAUCACCGAAGGCGCAGCCACAGCCACCGCCACGUCGCAACGUGACUCGCAUUGUGGCGCAUGCCAGCCAGGAGCCGACGCGACCACGUGCCAAUCAACAGGUCAAGGCAAUUGUGACCAUCACGGAAACCGCACGCAUUAUGCGUAGCAGCGAUCGUCCGACAGGUGCAGGUACAGGUGCAGGUGCUUCGGGGUCCGGUUCGAUGUCCGGUUCACCGGCCAAAUACGCUGCCUGCCAUUGUCGCUGUGCACCCGAGGACUUUAGCCAAACGCAGCUAGGACCGGAUAAGAUGGAGCAGCAAACGUGCAAGUUGCUCGAGUCACCGAAGCAGAAGGCGACCGCGGUGCAGCGUCAGGAGGAUGAGCAGUUGUCCCUCAUGCUCAUCGGACUCGCGCAGUUUGCGCCCACCGCCAAGCUGUGUGGUCAAAGUCCGGGUCAGCAGAGCAAGGAGCAACGAUCCCCCCUGAUCACGCUAAAUGAUCAAAAGGUUGCGCUGACAACGCUCCCAACUCAAACGCCAACGAUUGCUGUGGUCCCUCCGACGCCGGAUGCCGUGCUGACCAAGACGAGUACGCAUGUGUGGGACAAUAGUGGCGGUGCAGUGACUGCAAGCAGCAGCACAACGACCACCACCUCAACCACCUCGACGGCCACAGCGAAGCAGCCGCGUCAGGCGAUCAUUGAGAACAUACCGGAGGAUUCAUGUGACGAGUCGCCGCUGGAGGAAGAACCUCCCUACAGACCGAUGAGCAAUGCGCUGCGACGCUUUGGCACGAUGUCCAGCCUGGAGAAGCUGCCCUCCGAUGAGCUGGACGAACUGGAAGAUCUCGAGUCUUAUGCACAGAAUGGUCUCAACGAGGAGGCGGAGGCGAAACGUCACGAGGAUGCCAACGAUGCGGAUGACGAUGAUGACGAUGAACUCGAUGCCGAUGCCGAUGCCGAUGCCGAUGCGGAUGAUGAAGAUGCCGAUGCGGAUGAUGCUGCAGCGGACAAGGCAAUGGCACAGAAUCUACACGAGCUUGCAGCCUGCUCGAGUGGCGGCAGCAUCAGUGUGACCAUCAGCAAUGGGGAGGUGCUCGCCAGCGGAGCGUGGACGAAUCGUGCCGGGGCCUUUGUCAGCGACAAGAUGAGCUUCUUCGAGGAGUCGCGUGCCUUCAUCGACAAGUAUUUGGGUCGCUGGAAUGUCAACGAGCAGCCACAGCAAUCGCAGCUCCAGGGAGGCAAUCAGACAGCCUCCGAGACGGACGAACAGAUGGAUGAGUGCACAUCGGGUGCCACCUCGGGCGAGGAGGUCUGGGGCACGCCCACCAGCGGUGGGGAUAACGAUGACAUGCAGCUUAUUAACUCGGAGAACACGCACUCGUCGCCCACCAAGUCGAGCACAUCGCUGAACGAUGAUGAUGAUACGGAACUGAUGAUGGAUGAGCUGCUGAUGGCGCCACCGAUGACGGCGAGCACCAUACGGGGACUGCUGCCACGACGCCGUCUUGAGCCCCUGUUUGAGGAGGAGACCGAAAGCGAUGAAGAGAAAACCCAACAGGACAGCGAUGACAUCAAAAAGAAAGUCGUAGUGAAAUUAGUGAAGCUUUAGCCAAACCUGCAAUACUGCGAGCUCAUAAACAUCACACGCCAGGACAGAGACCCACAGCCGAAACAAAUCGAUUGACAAUGAUAGUAUGCACUCCAAUGGCAAAUCGAUAUCGCUAUCGUUAAUCACAACGACAUCGACAUCGCUAUCGACAUCGACAUCGACAUCAAAAUUACAGUUGCAAUUCCAAUUGAAAUCAACGAACGAACAAUGAAUAAAUCCACAAGAACAACGAGGACAAACAAAACAACAACAAGAACAACAACAACAAAUGAACUAAACCAACAAUCAAGCAAGCAAAUAAUCUCGAUAAUCAAUCAAUCAAUCAACCACUCAUAAAACAUAUGAACUGAACUGCAAGCAGGAGGCUUUAUCAAAACCAGAAUUGAUUAGUUGAAUUCUAUUCCCAACAAUUGGUAGGGGGGAAGCAACGACAAAUGGCCACUACCUAGAGGAUUCGGCUGGAAGUUCAAGCGAAGAGGCGCCUCUCUCAGUGGGCGAUCCCCGG